UUAGUGUCGUGAUUUAUUUAGUUUUCAAAAAACACAUACACACACAAACAAACCUUUCCUCCGGGACGACCGUUAUGGGAUGCUCUCCCUCAAAGCUCGACGGUUUACCAGCCGUCGCUCUAUGCCGUGACCGCUGCAACUCACUUGAGGAAACGCUCCGCCGUAGCUACGCCUUAGCCGACGCUCACUCAGCUUACCUCCUCUCUCUUAACACCAUUGGUCCAGCUCUUCAUAGAUUCUUCGAUCAAGCCGUCGAGUCUCCCCCCGAUGCUGAUUCCGAACCCGACGAAUCGUCUUCGCAGGAAUCAUCUUCCCCAACUCACUCUGUUACCAGUUCAGAUUCCGAUUUGCCUCCAAAAUACGACUCUGAUUGCGAAGAAGAAGAAGAUGAAGAAGGUACGAGUUUAUUCGGAUGUCCAGAACUCGAAUCCCUAAGUACCAAUCAUCAUGACUCGUUCUACUCCCGGAGGAGUUACGUUUCUGGAACCGUAACGCCGCCUCCGCCACCGCCGCCUCCGAGUAACUACGCUUGGGAUUUUAUCAAUUUCUUCGAGAGCUAUGAGGUUCCGUACUCUACGAAUCCCAAAGACAGAGUGACCACUCGUUGUCUUGAUGAAGAAGACACUUUCACAAAGAAGAAGAAGAAGAUUCCUAUGAGCCGAAACGACGAGAAGAUUAAAGCUGAAGAAGCGAAACCAAAUCUGAAAAACGCAGAGAAGAAACCAAAUAAAAAGAGUGUUAAGAAGGAACCAAAGGAUCAGAAAGUGUCAUCAGAUAUCUCCGAAGUCACGAAGCAAUUGGAGGAGAUGUUCAAGAAAGCUUCGGAAUCAGGGAACGAGGUUUCGAAGAUGUUCGACACUUCAAGAUUCAGAUACUACCAGAAAAGCUCUGUUUAUCAAGCUUUAUCAGCUUCUUCAAACAUUCUCUACGCUAAGAAGAUGAUGAUGACUUCAUUGGAUCCCAAACCAGUUGAAGAUUUUGGAUCUAAUCUUUCGUCGACUCUAAAGAAACUAUUCAUGUGGGAGAAGAAACUGUACCAAGAAGUCAAGGCUGAGGAGAAACUCCGAACAGCUCACAUGAAGAACUACAAACAAUUGAGGAGACUAGAAGCGAAAAAUGCAGAGCCAAGCAAAAUCGAAGCCGUUCGUUCCUCCAUUCAGUGUUUGUCUACGAGAAUGAGAGUCUCUAUCCAUAAGAUAAACAACAUAUGUCUGAUGAUAAACAAGUUACGCGAUGAAGAGCUCUGGUCUCAGAUGAAAAAACUGAUCCACAGGUUGUUUGAUAUGUGGAGCUCUAUGUUAGAAUGUCACAGUAGACAAUCUCGCGUAAUCUCAGAGGCUAAGAAGCUUGAUAAGAUGACAUUAAAGGAAAAUCUAGAUAUAUCUCAGCUUGAGCUUGCUAUGGAAUUGAAACUGGAACUGAGGAACUGGAGCCAAAACCUAUCGAACUGGAUUGAUGCUCAGGCUCAGUAUGUUAAGGCCUUGAACAGUUGGCUAAUGCGGUGUUUGAAGCAAGAACCUCAAGAACCAACACCUGAUCUCUCAGAAGAACCACCACUGUUUGGUGCUAUUAACAGUUGGUCACAAACCCUUGAGAGAUCAGAUGGAGAGAAGGAGUUUACGGAAGCGGUUUACUCGAUUUUGAUGCACGUAACCCGUCAGGUGGAGAAACAGAGGAUGGAACUGGAAGAGCAGAGGAAGGUUAAUGGCGGGGCCAAAGAUAUAGAGAGGAAACUUGUGAUGUUAGAGAAAGAAGAGCUUAAGAUGCAGAGGAAGAUGAAGACACUACCAUCAGUUGAAUUAAUGGGGGCUUUAAAUCUGAAGUCUAGCAUGGAAAAGAUAUUCAAAUCUAUGGAGAAAUUAGCUAUAAACUCGAAGCAGACUUACGAGGAACUUGACUUGAUGUGCACGUAAUGUACCAGUUUGUAUUAGUUCUUAUAAAUUCGUCUAUCUUUGUUUCACUCGUGUUCUUGGAAGAGUUUUAAGUUUUUCAUUAGAAUUUUUGAUUAUGGACAUUGCCGUAUACUGCCUUUGAUGGCUUUGAUGAUAAGAGAGUACAUUCCAGUCA